UUCUCUCACAAAUUAGACCGAAAUGACUAAAAAACAAAAAAAAAGAAAAAAAAAAAAGAGGAAAAAAAAAAAAGAGGUGAAAUACAUGGAAGUAUAUUUGACCCUGAAAUAAAAUGGGCAGUGAAGGGGAAACGCAGAGCGAGUAUUUUUCAUUUCAUAGACAACGCCGCUGAGAAAGCGCAAAAAACACUCAACACUGCAACAUGUCCUUCUCUUCAGUGAGAUAGAUAGAGAGUGUGGAGCUAUCUAUGUUGCAAAGAAGACAAAGUUCAAAGCAGUUUGGCAUAACACCAAACGCCUUGGGCACAAGCCAAAGCUCCACAGAUUCAUGAUUCAGAAGCGUUUGGGUCUAACUCUGAUUCCCAAAUUGCUUAACAAACAUGAACCCCAAAUUCCACACCUUUACCCACAAAUUAUGGUUUUCUUCGAAAAGGUACUACACCUCCACAAAGCCAAUGCCGGCCGAAAUUUCGGAGCCCACAACUAGAAUAUACAAAAUCAUGACGCGUACCCCAAUAGCCGCACUCGACACAGCCCUCGAUCAAAGCGGCGUCAGAGUGUCGCCGGAAAUCGUCGAGCAUGUCCUCAAAAGAUUCGAGAACGCCGGCAUGCUCGCCUACCGGUUCUUCUCCUGGGCCGGCAAGCAGCGGAACUACUGCGACCACAGCAUUCGUGCCUACCACGCCAUGAUCGAGUCUCUGGCCAAGAUACGUCAGUACCAGCUGAUGUGGGAGCUUGUGAACGCUAUGAGAUCCAAAGGGUUGCUGAAUGUGGAAACUUUUUGCAUCGUCAUGAGGAAAUACGCAAGGGCUCGCAAGGUUGACGAAGCUCUUUACACCUUCAAUGUCAUGGAGAAGUACGACGUAAGGCCCAAUCUAGCUGCAUUCAAUGGGUUGCUGAGUGCCCUUUGCAAAUCCAAGAAUGUGAGGAAGGCACAGGAGGUGUUCGACAAAAUGAAAGAUGGGUUUGUUCCGGAUUCCAAGACUUAUAGUAUUCUGAUUGAUGGGUGGGGAAAAGAACCCAAUUUGCCUAAGGCCAGGGAGGUCUUUAGAGAAAUGGUUAAUGGGGGUUGUGACCCUGAUGCUGUAACUUAUGGAAUUAUGGUUGAUGUGCUUUGCAAAGCAGGGAGGGUUGAUGAAGCUAUUGAGGUUGUGAGGAAUAUGGAUGGUAGUGGCUGUAGGCCCACAACAUUUAUCUAUAGUGUUUUGGUGCAUACUUAUGGUGUGGAGAACAGGAUUCAAGAUGCUAUGGAUGCAUUCAUGGAGAUGGAAAGUAGAGGUGUUAAGGCUGAUGUUGUUGUGUAUAACUCAUUGAUUGGUGCUUUUUGUAAGGUGGACAAGUUGAAGAAUGUGUUUAGGGUCUUGAAUGAGAUGGAAUCCAAGGGUGUUUCACCCAAUACAAGGACUUAUAAUAUCAUCUUAAAUGGGUUGAUUAGUCGUGGAAUGAAGGAGAAGGCAUUUAGUGUUUUCCGUAGGAUGAUUAAGGUGUGCGAGCCAGAUGCAGACACAUAUACUAUGAUGAUUAAGAUGUUUUGCGAGAAGGAUGACUUAGAUAUGGCUCUUAAAGUGUGGAAGUACAUGAAGUUGAAGCGGUUUGUACCCAGCAUGCACACAUUCUCGGUCCUUAUUAAUGGUUUGUGUGAGAAGGGUGAUGCUAAUCAGGCUUGUGUGCUAAUGGAGGAGAUGAUAGAGAAGGGGAUUCGGCCUUCGGGUCUAACGUUUGGGAGAUUAAGACAAUUGUUGAUAAAGGAAAGAAGAGAAGAUGUGCUCAAAUUUCUUCAGCAGAAAAUGAAUCUUCUGGUCAAAGAACCUUUAUGUGACUGAGGAAACACGGCCACCAAGUUGAAAAUCUAUGAUUUUUGGUAUAUGUUGUUGUUCCAAUGGUUAAGAGUUUUGGCGUUGAAAUGGCUCUAGCAAUGCUUGGUAAAUAGAGCAAAGAUCAACCCUUUCAGGUUCAGAGAGAGAGAGAAAUGAAGAGGAAACUACCCAAAUUUGGCCUGAUUCUCAACUCUCAUAUUUGGUUAAGGCAAGUGUGGGUGAUCCCAUCAUUCACAGUGUCAUUAGGAACUGCAAGGUCAGCCCUUUUGGAGCUGCAAGCAGUUCACAACUGAAGCCAUAGCAGAUCAGAAGAUGGCAAUUAUUUGCCUUAGAACCACCAGAAUAAAUUGCAACAAUGCAACUUUUAUCCAAAGGUUCCAGACCCUUUUAGAGGGGCAUGUUAUUGAUGGCCCAAUGUCUUCCAGCUACGGUUUUUGGAUCCGUAGUUUGCUUAGACUUCAAAUGGAGGAGCUGAAAGGAGCCUUCUUUUAAGAUCUUGUUCUCAUUUCUCGUAGUUGUAACUUCACAAGAUACAAAAGCUCGAUUUUCCCACUUCCCUUAUAAAAUUUGUAGUUAUAUUUUAUAAAUUGUUUAGGAUUCCAUAUAAGGAUCAAAUGACUUCCCUUUCAUUA